AUUUGGACCUGCACCAGUCCAAAAAAGACUGAGCUGUCUGGCCAGGGACAAUUCGAUCUAUGUGGUUGCCAAUAUGGGUGAUAAGAAGACUUGCAGUCAUAUAGACCCAAAGUGCCCCUGUGAUGGCCGCUAUCAAUACAACACAAAUGUUGUCUUUGAUUCAGAGGGAAAGCUGGUGGCACGAUACCACAAGUUUAACCUGUUUACGGUGGAGCAACAAUUUGAUUUCCCUAAAGAGCCUGAACUUGCAACCUUCGAUACUGCCUUUGGAAAAUUUGGCCUCUUCACGUGCUUUGAUAUUCUCUUCCACGAUCCUGCUGUAACCCUCGUAACCCAGCUCUCGGUGGACACCAUCAUUUUCCCGACAGCCUGGAUGAAUGUUCUCCCACACUUAACUGCUAUCGAAUUCCAUUCAGCUUGGGCCAUGGGCAUGCGUGCCAAUGUUCUAGCAGCUAAUACUCAUAAUCCUAGCCUUAAUAUGACAGGCAGUGGUAUCUACACACCAUCCGGAUCGGAAGCUUAUCAUUAUGAUGCAGAAUCAAUGAAUGGGCACCUUUUGGUUGCAGAAAUCUAUUCCCAUCCGUCUCAUUUUCCCACCCCUCUUCCUACUGUUAAUUGGAGCUCUUAUGCCACAACUGUUGAAGGGUUUCCUAAGCCCUUUACUUUCUCUGGAUUAAUUUUCCAUGAUAACUUCACCUUAUGUACCCUUGGAAAAGAAGCUGACAAUCUUACAGUGUGCCAGAACAAUCUCUGCUGCCACUUAAGCUACAGGAUGAUGGAACAACAAGAAGAUGAACUUUAUGUGCUAGGGGCAUUCGAUGGUCUUCAUGAGGUUGAAGGACAAUAUUACUUACAGAUCUGCACAUUGCUGAAGUGCGGAAGUACGGACCUUCAGAGCUGUGGUCAGGCAACCAAGACUGCUGAAUCCUAUUUUGACUUCUAUUCUCUCAGUGGCACAUUUGGCACUAAUUACGUCUUCCCGGAGGUUUUACUCAGUGGGAUUUCUUUGGCCCCUGGAUUGUUUCAGGUUUUGAAAGAUGGACAACUGGUCAGUCAGAACGAUCUCCCUCAGGCCGUUUUAACUGUGACACUUUUUGGAAGAUGGUAUGAGAAGGAUUCUCCAUCUACACCCAUUAACAAUGCAACCCUAGCACCAAUGCAAUGCACCAAUAAGGCUGAAUUCAUUAUUCAAUAAAUCAGUUGCUUUAUACCUUUACUGUUUCCAUUGUCAUUUAUCAUCCAGUAAUGGAUAACUCAACUGAAGAACUACCGUAUGUCUUGACAAUGGAUAUAUUGAUGCUAUGUUUAAAGUUGGUGACAAAUCCUAAGGAAUACAAUCUCUUGAAUGUUGUCCUAAAAAAGAUGCAACAAGGUAAUAGUUACUGAUUAGGCUCUUUUUACAAGGUUCUUGGAAGAAAAACAGUUUGAUAUAUGAAUCAUCUUCCGGUAGAGCUGCCUACUACGUAUUAGAGCAGGUAUUUGAUGCCACUUUAAAAUACAACAGAUUCAGGUUGUGCCAACUCCAUCUUAUCUCUUAACUCCUCAUUUCAGAUAGACACCUAGAAAUGACCCAACCUGUUCCCCAUUUGUUCUGGGGAUAAUUUAGCAAGAAUCAGUCCUCUACUCAUAAGGAACCAGAAAACCAGACUUCUGUUUUUUUAUAAUCAAGAAUGAGAAAAACUCAAACUUCUAUAAAGACUGUUUGUCACUAAUUUUCAACUAGGAAGUCAACUGGGUUGAAUUAUUGAGCCUGUCUGAGAUUGUAAUAUGAAUUAUGCCAACUUUUAAUUAAAAAGUAUAAUCCAUGCAUGCUAGUCAAAACUCACAUAGUUGACUGUAGCCUUCACCCCACCCCUUGUCAGGUGCUCUUUAUUUCAGGCUAUUUUAAAAAUAAGAUGUCCUAGAGAAUAGAGAAAUUUUAUGUCUGUAAGAGUCAAAAAUGUGUAAUUUCAAUUUAGACAAUCAAUUGGGUUCUCAGAUAUUAGGAAUUUCUAAGUUGACAUGAGUAAUACUUUUGGUUGUAUGAUAAUUAAUAUGGCUAUGCAGAAAAGGAAACUAAAUAUGAAUGAAAAAGUAUGCCUAGAGAAUAUAUGCCUAGAGAAUAUAAAUGUUAACUAAGACAUCAUGUAAACUUCAGAUUGAGCAAGAGAGAGCGAGAGAAAGAAAGUGUGAGAGAGAUAGGGAGGCAGGGGGAAAGAUAGAGAAGGGGAUUCUUAGAAAAUGAAGGAUCAACAAAAAUGGAGAGUGAUAAGUUAGCAUUCUGCAAACAAAUACUUUACUUAUGGGCAAAAUAAUUCAUAGAAUCUAAUGAAAUGGGAGAAAAUAUUCUAGCAUUUGAAUUUUUUGGUAAUAACAAAUGGCAGGAUAUGGCAAAGAAGCAAAAAUGUUAUUAUAGCCUUAGACUUAGUUCUUUAGACUCAGGCUAUGCAUCCCUUGAGAAUCUAGACGAUGUAAAUUGACGCUUCCUGUUUGGAAAAUGGGAGUCAUUCUUGACUAAGAUAAAAAUUCCAUCAGAUGGGGAAAUUUAGACAUGUUGCUUUUCUUUUGUGUUACAGUGUGCCGUGUUGGUGAUAAGUAACAGUCUUAGAUUUGGAAAUCAAUGGUGUGUCCAUUUUAUAUGCUAAGACAGAUCAUUGAUGUGAUUGAGGGAGCUGAACUUUGAAACCCAGUCUGAUAUUGAUCUGAUUGAAGUUGCUAUCCAUGUCUGCCUGUAUUUCAAAUAUUGCCCU